AUGGACCGGAAGCAUUCAGUUAAAGGAAGACUUCUGAUCCUCAUUUGCUAUUGCAGUAGUUCAUUGCAAAUUUUACACGAAUUUGUCCUGGAGGAUGAGCAAGUAUUUACGGACUGCAUAAAUGCACCGCCAGGAUCUCGGAAUGCAAGCGGUCUCUUUGACUUCUCUCGGAUGAAUUUCACUAUGGAUGAGAAUGGAAUAUACAUUGAAGGAAAUCUAACAACCGUGUGGGAUGUACCGCCUGAAGAUGUCAUUUUGGGGGAUAUGUCCAUAUCAUAUUUUGACCGUGGGUCUUGGAUACCGACUCUACUAAAUAUACAUGUGAAGAACGUGUGCAAUGUGCUAUACGAUGAGGAGCAAUACUGGUAUAAAUACUGGUUAGUCCACGUCACAAAUGUCAAGGAUGUGAAGGAUAAAUGUUUAAACAAUCCCGGAACACAAAUAAUAUUUGAACCAUUUUACUGCAACGUCGUCCUUGGCCUUGAUAUGCCAUUGAGAAGUGGGCGUUAUCUGACUACCUUUAUGCUUACUGCCCAGGAUUCAAAUGGCGUCAAACACGAAAACACGAUUUGCUUUUCAGUACGUAGUGAAAUUCAUAAGAUUCCAAAGAAUUAA